AUGGCCUCCCCAAUUUACCUGCCUAGGUGCAAAGUCACAAACAACAAGUACCUGAACUCGGUUAUAGCACAAACAUUUACGCAUCCACCUCGCCAAUCCCGGCCCUUUUCCCAGACAUCGCAACAAUGGGCCUACAAAAACAUGAACUUUUCGCCCAAGAACUCCUCAGGGCCCUCGAUGAAGGCUCGCUCAAGGGAAGCUCUUAAUGGACAGUUACCAAAUGAUAUUGGGCUUCUACCGGGAACUUUCGUACGGCCCUUGUGGAGAGAUCUGCCUUCGGUUUUCCAGAGUCCACGGGAACGCUGGCAGGUGGAAUGGGCUUGGAUACGUUCCUCAUUCCAAAAUUUAAUGGGUCUGAUUAUCUAUUGCAAGAAAGAUAACACUUUUCCGUUAUUGUUGAGGGAACGACGGAAAAUCGCACGUCUUCUGUAUGACGACAUGUACACUGCUUUUGCACGUGUUGUCAGGGGUGAUUCUUCCGGGCUUCGUCGUCUUUGCGGAGAUGGCCUUUCCAAAACCCUCUUAAAGCAGAUUGAAAGCCGCCCCCAUAACCAAAAGGUCUCCUGGAAGCUCGUCAAAUGGAUUCGCGGGCCGAGUACCUGCUUCACCGGUAUCCGUGUUAUGUCAGACCGCGCAACCUCACUACCCGAAAUUGCCAACUCCGGCAUCCGACAGAUCGUGUUGCGAGUGACUUCACGGCAGUCUAUGAGCAAGAUUACACCAUCUCGCGAGAGGACACCUGGGGGAACAGAAGUCGAGGCCCCUACCAAAGAACAAAAUUGUGAAGAAUAUGUUGUCAUUCAGGAGAUCCGUUGGAACGGCACUAGCAGUGGUUGGCGGGUCUGGGGCUACACGAAGCCUACUGAUCUUGAGACUUUGAACAGUGAUCCUUAUUUCGCACCGGGUCUAUCCCCUAUGGAACGGAUUGAUGCCAUGAAGAAGACCAUGGGUGGCGAUCAGUAA